ACUGUUCAUCUUCAGGCAGCUGACAGGAUGAGUUCUGCUGAGCCUCCAAAAUAUCCUGGCCGGACGACCAUCGCUCUGCUGGGGAAGAACCCCGAGUUAAAGAAAACAACUGAAAAUGCCAUCCUAAAAAAUCACAAAGUUGUUUCCAAAAUGUUCACUGAUUUUACCCUGAAAGAGAACGAGUCAUUCAGGAUCAUAAAUACUCCUGAUGUCUUGGAUGAAAAAUGUCUUGAUCAGAACAUUAUUGAUCUGAUGGCACUUUCUGAUCCUGGCCCUGAUCUCUUCAUACUGGCUUUAGAUUCAGAAGACGCAGAUGUUCAAAUCAAUAAACUUCAACAUAUCUUUGGAGAAACUGUCAGAAACCAUUUAGUUAUCAUAACAGAAAACAGCAAGAUGCAGGAACAGCUCAGCUCACAUUAUAAGAUAUUCAAUAUCCAGGCUGUGAGUAAAAACCUGCCUGAUCAGUGUCAGGAGUGGUUACCUGAGCAGUCAUUCCAGUUUGACUGUGAAAGCUACUUUCAAAAUGCCGUGAAAAGAAGGAGAAGAUAUUUGGAAAGCACAGGAUAUGAAGGUUUUCCUGAUCACCGUGGGGCAAAAGGUAAUGCCCACUGUGGGUCAGAGGUCACCAUUGUGCUGCUGGGAAAGACGGGGACAGGAAAGAGCGCAUCUGCAAACACCAUCCUGGCUGCUGGAAGCUCCCAGCAGUCAGGUCUCUCAAACGCAUUCUUGAGGAAAGCCCAACAUUUUGAAUCCUACCCAAGCUCCACACCUGUCACCACCAAAUGUGAGGCCAAAAAGACAGAGAUAUGUGGAACACAGGUUAGAGUUGUCGACACCCCAGACUUCUUUUAUGAAGAGGAAAGUGUAGACAAGGAACAGAUAGAGGAGUGUAAGAAGUACUGUCAGCCGUGGCAGUGUGUGGUGUUACUUGUGAUACAGCUGGGCAGGUUCACAGAUGGUGAGAGAGGAUUAUUAGAGAAGCUGGAGGAAAAUCUUGGGUGGAGGAUCAGGGAGAAAACAAUCAUCCUGUUUACACACGGAGAAGAUUUCAACUGUGAUUUGAAAGAGUUUAUUGGUGAACGUUCUAAACUCAAGGAGAUCGUGGAAGCUUGCAGCAAUCGUUACCAUGUAUUCAAGAACACCGUUAGAGAUUCUAGACAAGUCCAAACACUAUUCAAGGACUUUCCAAAAAUGUUUCCAGAUUUCACAGCAAGACAACCCACACAGUGCUCUUUGUUUUAGUGUUUGCUGACUUCGACCAAAUGGCCAAACAACACAAACCAGUCUGUGGAGUGUGGCAAGUAAAUGUGUAAUCUUUGGAAGCUCUGUGAACUUACUGUAAGCAUAUUUAAGGAGACAUCUCUUUAAUCACAGUAUUUCUAAUCAUAAAGCAUUUCUAAUCUGUAAGAUUUAUGUGUACUUCUUUGACUUCGACUGUUGGGUAAAUUUAAGAAAAAACUCUGAAUGUUUCCUUUUUUAGGGUACUAUGAAAAUAUAAGAAAUGUUCAGGAAAGCUUGUUUUAAACAUUUUGAUGUAGCAUGGUGUGCUUUAAGACACA